CGGUAACAAGGAAGCGGCAACAAGUGCUGUGAGCCUUCCAAACGUUUGAGAAAAUGAGCGCUGUCUUGGAUUUAAAACUUAAGCGUGCCAACAAAGUGUACCACGAAGGGGAGGUGCUUGCUGGAGUGGUGGUCAUCACCGGUAAAGAAGCGAUCCAGCAUCAGGGCAUUUCUCUGACCAUGGAAGGGUUUGUCAACCUGCAGCUGAGUUCAAAGAGCGUCGGUGUCUUCGAGGCUUUCUACAAUUCCGUUAAGCCUAUUCAGCUCAUCAACAGUAACAUUGAAGUGGCAAAACCAGGCAAAGUUCCAGGGGGCAAAACUGAGAUUCCCUUCGAAUUUCCAUUGCAAGUGAAAGGCAACAAAGUGCUGUAUGAGACCUACCAUGGUGUUUUUGUCAAUAUUCAGUAUACCCUGCGUUGUGACAUGAGGCGCCCUCUACUGGCAAAAGAUCUGAGCAAGACCUGUGAAUUCAUGCUCCAUUGUCAGCCACAAAAAUCUAAAGUGCAGCCAAGUCCAGUUGAUUUCAUCAUCACACCAGAAACUUUGCAGAAUGUGAGAGAGAGGAGUGUACUUCCUAAGUUCCUGAUCAGAGGCCACCUGGAUGCCACUAACUGUGUGAUCACUCAGCCGCUGACAGGCGAGCUGGUAGUUGAGAGUUCAGAGGUUGCCAUCAAGAGCAUUGAGCUGCAGCUAGUCCGUGUCGAGACUUGUGGCUGUGCUGAAGGCUAUGCCAGGGAUGCCACAGAGAUUCAGAAUAUCCAGAUUGCAGAGGGAGAUGUGUCUCACGGCCUCCCCAUCCCUAUAUACAUGGUGUUCCCUAGGCUUUUCACAUGCGCUACUCUUGAAACCACAAAUUUUAAAGUCGAAUUUGAGGUGAAUGUGGUCAUUGUUUUUCACGAUGAUCAUUUAAUAACAGAGAACUUCCCCCUCAAGCUAUGCAGAGUGUGAUAUCAGAGCCUGCAGAUUCACCAAUAACUAUUGGAAGACCUUGGGGAAGCAGCAUUUUGAAAGUUCAGGAUUUACUGGACUGACCAGGAGUUUUUCUGUUACUCUUAAAAGGCCAUCCAAACAAUAAGAAAUAUAGUAUUCCCUUUGCAACUCUAAGGAGGUCCAUGAGCAUCAGAAGAGUGGCUUUCACGCUGACUUCUAAUCACUUCUUAGUAACGUCACGCAGCUCUCCUGUAACCUGGUAAUGGUUUGUUUGAUAAAACUGGAUUUUUUUUUUUUUUCCUUACAUCCAGUGCCUGAGAGAUUCAUUUCUGCUGACCAGUUUUAAAUCUCAUAAGGCAAUUAGUGGAACAUACUUAUUUGCAUUAAUUCUUGCAUUAAUUAUUUACAUCAUUCACUCAUUACCCUUAAUACAAAGCCAUUACUGUGAGUUACUUUAAUUUGUUCUUAAAGGCUAUGUGCAGGAUAUCUCAGUUCACUAAAAUAUAUAUUGUUUACUAACAAAACCUCAGAGGUCAGCCUUAUUUGGAAGUGGUCAUGUGGUAUGACACUGGGGUAAUUUUCAGCUAGGUCAUCUCUUCACUUCCUAGGCAGUCCAAGUUAUUUUCUUAGACUGAAGUAAAGAAUAAAAAAAAAAAAAAGAUCAAAA